AUGACACGCCACUAUUCCAAAGCCCCACAAAAAGCCAUCUCGACUACCGCGCUCCCCCAUACCGAUAUCCCCCAUGUCACGAUUAUUCGCCCGGUCAAGGGCAUCGAACCCUUCCUUUAUGACUGUCUCGCUGCCAGUAUACGCCAGGACUACCCUCGCGAUAAGCUAACGAUAUACUUCUGCGUAUCAUCGAUACAAGACCCGGCGUAUACCAUUGUGAUGAGGGUCCUUCAAGACUUCCCCGACGCUGAUGCGCGCGUAUUUAUUGAACCGCCCUAUGAGUACACCGAACUUGGGCCGAAUCCGAAAAUCAGGAAUAUGAGUCGGGCUUAUCGAGAGGCGAAGGGCGACAUUGUAUGGAUUAUGGAUUGCAACAUAUGGCUAAGCAAAGGAGUGUGCGGCAGAAUGGUAGACAGACUUUGUGGCUUAAAUCCGAAAAUAAAUGGCGGCCAAAAGUUCAAAUUCGUGCAUCAUUUACCGAUAGUCGUUGAUGUUCCUCUGCACUGCCCUGACGAGAAAUCAGCCGUAUCAUCCGGACAGCCAAUGGGAAAUACCAAUAGCCGAGAUAAGGACUUCUCAACCGCCGGUUCUCUAUUAUCACGCGCUGGGGGUCGUCUUGAAGAGCUCUUCCUUGCAUCGUCCCACCCGAAAAUGUACGCUGCUAUCAACACUGUACUCAUUGCCCCCUGUAUCAUUGGCAAAUCAGCCAUGUUUCGACGUUCCCAUUUAAAUUACAUUACCUCCACGCCGCCUAAACACGCGAAAAGAGUUAAUAGGAGACCUGGCAUCGAUUACUUUUCUGAUAAUAUUUGCGAAGACCAUCUAAUAGGCGACCGCCUCUGGAACGCGCGUGUUUUUCAAGAGGCGGAACUUCAUGAAAAAUGGGGGAAACAUGAUCUCGCGUUUGGGGAUAUGGCUAUCCAACCAAUGAGCGGAAUGAGUGUCGCUUCCUAUGUUGAUCGGCGUGUGCGAUGGCUUCGCGUGCGUAAAUUCACCGUAUUGCUUGCGACGCUCGUCGAGCCCGGCACAGAAUCAUUUCUUUGCUCACUGUAUCUUGCCUUUGGCUUAACAACUUCGAUUCCUGCUCGUUAUCCCGAAUACUGCUCUUACCUUGGGAACUGGUCAGCUUUCGUUUCCAUUUGGUUUGUCAGUAUCUUGGUAUGGAUGGUAACAGACUGGACUGUAUACCUAAGGCUGCACUCUGGUGUCACGGUUGAAGUUGACGAGCAUACUCCAUCAUUUGCUCGCCCUUUGCCAAAAUCGUGGUUCGCCCGCAGGCCAUUUCGAGAUUGGCUGUUUGCCUGGCUCGGAAGAGAGGCUUUAGCAUUUCCAAUAUGGAUCUGGAGUUUCUAUGGCGGAACGACCGUUAUAUGGCGAGACAAGGUUUUUAAAGUUGGACUGGAUGCGGUGACAUAUGAAAUCGGACAAGCCACCGGCCAAGCCAAAAAGGCCCAGGAAAAAUCGUUGACCAUUCGUCAAGCGUUAGAUGAAGGGCGCGGUGGGGCGGCAAGCUCAGAUGUUCGGCGUAGAACUCCUAAAGAAAGUUUUAUCAGAAAUAUGGUGACGGCACGCUUUACAGAACCCGAGCUCAGCGCAUCAUAA